CGCGGCUGUCAGCGCGAUGAGGAGGCGCCGCCGAGGCCCCCGCCGCUGCCUCCGCCGGGCCGCGCCGCGCCGCCCGCCCCAUGGCGUCUGAGAGGCCGGGGCCGCCGCCGCCGCCGCCCGCUCCCGGCUCCGCCGCCCGCGACGCGCAGCUGCCAAAACAUAAUACAGUGAAAUAAUGAUCUGCUAGCCUGCUAAACAAGUGUCCAGCUUCCACAAUGCCUGUGCAGGCAGCUCAGUGGACAGAAUUUCUGUCCUGCCCAAUCUGCUACAACGAGUUUGAUGAGAAUGUGCAUAAACCCAUCAGCUUAGGUUGCUCUCACACUGUCUGUAAGACCUGCCUGAACAAGCUUCAUCGCAAGGCAUGUCCUUUCGACCAGACUGCCAUCAAUACAGACAUCGAUGUGCUUCCUGUAAACUUUGCACUCCUCCAGUUAGUUGGAGCCCAGGUACCUGAUCAUCAGACAAUUAAGUUGAGUAAUGUAGGAGAGAACAAACAUUAUGAAGUAGCGAAGAAGUGUGUUGAGGAUUUAGCACUCUACUUAAAGCCACUAAGUGGAGGAAAGGGUGUUGCUAGCUUGAAUCAGAGUGCACUGAGCCGUCCAAUGCAAAGGAAACUUGUGACACUGGUGAAUUGUCAGCUGGUGGAGGAAGAGGGUCGGGUUAGAGCCAUGAGGGCAGCUCGAUCCCUGGGAGAAAGAACUGUUACAGAAUUGAUUUUACAGCACCAAAAUCCUCAGCAGCUUUCUGCCAAUCUCUGGGCUGCUGUCAGGGCACGAGGAUGCCAGUUUCUAGGACCAGCUAUGCAAGAGGAAGCACUGAAACUUGUGUUACUAGCACUGGAAGAUGGCUCCGCGCUCUCAAGAAAAGUUCUGGUACUUUUUGUUGUGCAAAGGCUAGAACCAAGAUUUCCUCAGGCCUCCAAAACAAGCAUUGGUCAUGUCGUGCAGCUACUGUAUAGAGCAUCAUGCUUUAAGGUUACAAAAAGGGAUGAAGAUUCUUCUCUAAUGCAACUUAAAGAAGAGUUUCGGAGUUAUGAGGCUUUGCGGAGAGAGCAUGAUGCACAAAUUGUUCACAUUGCCAUGGAAGCAGGACUUCGAAUAUCACCAGAACAAUGGUCUUCCCUUCUUUAUGGUGACUUGGCACAUAAAUCGCACAUGCAAUCCAUUAUUGACAAGCUCCAAUCUCCAGAAUCUUUUGCGAAGAGUGUACAAGAAUUGACAAUUGUCUUGCAGCGCACAGGGGAUCCUGCAAACUUAAACAGGCUAAGACCUCAUUUAGAACUUCUGGCAAACAUAGAUCCAAAUCCGGAUGCAGCAUCUCCAACAUGGGAGCAGCUGGAAAAUGCAAUGGUGGCUGUAAAGACUGUGGUACAUGGACUCGUGGAUUUCAUUCAGAAUUAUAGUAGAAAAGGCCAUGAAACUCCACAGCCACAACCAAAUAGCAAAUACAAAACAAGUAUGUGUCGAGACCUUCGACAGCAAGGGGGAUGCCCGAGAGGAACCAACUGUACAUUUGCUCAUUCUCAGGAAGAGCUUGAAAAAUACCGACUGAGGAACAAAAAAAUCAGUGCAACAGUGAGAACCUUCCCCCUUCUAAAUAAAGUUGGCGUAAAUAGCACUGUCUCAACCACAACAGGAAACGUAAUUUCUGUCAUAGGAAGCCCUGAAGCAACAGGGAAGAUGGUGCCAAGUACUAAUGGAAUAGCUAAUCUAGAAAGUGGUGUUCCCCAGUUGAUUCCUCGCUGUGCAGACACAUCCCUCAGAGCUUUGGAGAAUGCCAAGAAGGGAGGGAAGGCUGGAGCCAACGGCCAGAACGUGUCUGGAUCCCCUACUGAAUCUCUACCUGAAAAUAAAAUUGGUUCUCCACCCAAGACUCCUGUAAGCCAGGCAGCAGCUACCUCAGCUGGCCCUCCUAAUAUUGGGACAGAAGUGAAUUCUGUGCCUCCAAAAUCAAGCCCAUUUGUUCCGAGAGUACCUGUCUAUCCUCCACAUUCUGAUAAUGUUCAAUAUUUCCAAGACCCCAGAACUCAGCUGUCCUACGAAGUUCCACAGUACCCACAGACCGGAUAUUAUCCACCACCUCCAACAGUACCAGCUGGUGUGGCUCCCUGUGUUCCUCGCUUUCUGAGGUCCAAUAACGUUCCAGAAUCCUCCCUCCCACCUGCUUCCGUGCCAUAUGCCGAUCAUUACAGUACGUUUCCCCCUCGAGAUCGACUGAAUUCUCCGUACCAACCUCCUCCUCCGCAGCCAUAUGGACCAGUUCCUCCUGUCCCUUCUGGAAUGUAUGCUCCAGUUUACGACAGCAGGCGCAUCUGGCGCCCACAGAUGUACCCACGAGAUGAUAUUAUUAGGAGCAAUUCCUUACCUCCUAUGGACGUGAUGCACUCAUCUGUCUAUCAGACAUCAUUACGUGAGAGAUACAACUCUUUGGAUGGGUAUUACUCUGUGGCUUGCCAACCUCCAAAUGAGCAGAGGACUGUGCCUUUACCAAGAGAGCCUUGUGGUCACUUGAAGACCGGUUAUGAUGAGCAGUUAAGACGGAAGCCGGAGCAAUGGGCACAAUACCACACCCAGAAAACUCCUCUCGUAUCCUCAACCCUUCCUAUGGCAACACCAUCUCCAACACCACCGUCUCCUCUCUUCAGUGUAGAUUUCAGCACAGAGUUCUCGGAAAGUGUCAGUGAUCUGAGUGGAACUAAAUUUGAGGAAGAUCAUCUCUCCCACUAUUCCCCUUGGUCUUGUGGCACUAUUGGCUCUUGUAUAAAUGCUAUUGACUCGGAGCCCAAGGAUGUGAUUGCCAACUCAAAUGCUGUUCUGAUGGAUUUGGACAGUGGGGAUGUCAAACGGAGAGUACAUUUAUUUGAAACUCAGAGAAGGGCAAAGGAAGAAGAUCCAAUAAUCCCAUUUAGUGACGGACCGAUCAUCUCCAAGUGGGGUGCAAUCUCCAGAUCAUCCCGCACUGGUUAUCACACAACAGAUCCUAUUCAGGCCACUGCUUCCCAAGGAAGUGCUACUAAGCCCAUCAGUGUAUCAGAUUAUGUUCCUUAUGUCAAUGCUGUUGAUUCAAGGUGGAGUUCCUAUGGCACAGAUUCCGCUUCAUCAGCACGUUACACAGAACGGGACAGAUUCAUAGUUACAGAUUUGUCUGGUCACAGAAAGCAUUCCAGCACUGGAGAUCUGUUGAGUAUUGAAUUACAGCAGGCCAAAAGUAAUUCAUUAUUACUUCAGAGAGAGGCGAAUGCACUAGCCAUGCAACAGAAGUGGAAUUCUCUAGAUGAAGGCAAUCGCCUUAACUUAAAUCUUUUAAGCAAGGAAAUUGAUUUGAGGAAUGGUGAGACUGAUUAUAGUGAAGACUGUGGAGAUACAAAGCCAGACCGAGACAUUGAAUUGGAGCUGUCAGCCCUUGAUACAGAUGAACCUGAUGGGCAGAGUGAACAAAUAGAAGAGAUUCUGGAUAUACAGCUAGGUAUUAGUUCUCAAGAUGAUCAGCUGCUCAAUGGAACAACUGUAGAGAAUGGGCAUCCGCUAAAGCAGCACCAGAAAGAAUCUAUGGAACAGAAGAGACAAAGUUUAGGUGAAGACCUUGUGAUUCUGGAGGAGCAGAAAACAAUCCUGCCCGUAACUUCUUGCUUCAGUCAGCCGAUCACAACAUCUGUUAGCAAUGCAAGCUGCCUGCCCAUCAGCACAUCAGUCAGUGUUGGCAGCCUCAUUUUGAAAACUGCUCACAUUAUGUCUGAGGAUAAAAAUGACUUUUUAAAGCCUGUUGCAAAUGGCAGGAUGGUUAACAGCUGAAAGGCAUUCAUCUUUCCAGCUUGUGACCACACCAUGGAAGCAUUUACACUAGCUUUUUAUAUAUAUAAUAUAUAUUAUAUAAUGUAUAUUUUUUUUAAAAAAAUAAUAUUGGGGUCAUGCAUUUCCUGUGGACUCUUUGAUACUUCAAGCCCCUCUCGCAUUAGCAUUCUGAAGAAAAAAAAAAAACUUACUUUAUUAGGGUAAGGCGUUCAUGUUCCACAAACGAAUGGAAUUUGGACACUGUUUUACCUAAGCUUAAAGCAGCUUUUUAUGAGUUUGUAGCAAUCCGGUGCGGUAUCUGAGCCAUUCUUGUUUAAAAUGGCUUCUGUAGAAAACUAACAACUCAGUUAUUUAAACUAGCAGGAUCCUACAAUGAUACAUCUAGUGAAAGGAAAACUAACUUAUUUGUUUCUAUUUUGUUUCAUGAGAGAGGAACUUGUGUCUUGUUGCAGCUGCUUUUUCUUUAGUUGUGGAACUUUGCAUGGAGUAUUGUUUCCUGUUUGAAGACUGAGAGGUGGGGAUUUGGACUUGAGACUUUUACAGGGUUAACACGCCGUUAGCUUUGCACUGCUGCAUUAUUUGGAGGUCUGUGGUGCAGUGCUUUGCUGUAGCUUUUUAUUUCCUUAUUUUCCCCAAUUUCUGCUUUAGUAUUGUUGAUAUACAUACAUACAUAGGCUACUUGUCAAAGUAAAGUUAUUAAACCAAGUGCCUAAGUCCUCCAGCUAACAUACUAGGGAUUGAUUUCCCCAAGUUAGACAUGAAACAACUUUAAACCAUUUUGAGAGGUUACGCACUAAUGUAACAGCAAUUUUGUUUUUUAUAUUAACAGUUUUCAAUUUGCAGAUUAUAGAAUCCAGAUGACUUGGCAAAAAGUAUCAGGUGCUCUUGGCUUUCCUUUGAAAACCCUGUAUGUAGUGUUUGCACUGACUAACAAGAUGGUAUUGCUGUUUUUUGUACUGUUUUGUUUUUAAUUUAAAUAUUGGAACUCUAAGGCAGUUGUAUUACCUUUGUUAAAUGUUGUUAAAAAUAAUUUUGUAUUCAGGUUUAAUUUUGCUUGUUCAAUGGCAACUUAUUUUCAAAGACCUUGAAAAUACAAUAAUAUAGCAUUAUCUGACCUUCAGAGUAUUGAAAAGUGUAUGAAUUUAUGCCCUGUUAAGAUGUGACUGAAAAAUCAUAUUAGACAUGUCAAUGAAAAAUAGGUUUUCGUAAAUAUACACAAACCAGAGCCCUGGGCAUAUUUUUAGGAAGCUUAAAAAUCCAUCUUUUUUUAAGAAAGCAGGAUUCUCCCUCCUGAUUAUUACUUUUUUUUUUGUCCUAUUCCUUUUCUUUGUGACAAGUUUUACAUUUUUUUUUGUGUUUUUAUUAACUUCUGUGAAGUUGUUUACUCUGAAAUUUGUACUGGAAUAUUUUAAGCCAAGCUGAUCUUUCACCAGGUGUACUGCAUGUAAGGGCUUUUCCUGCUAGCAAAAUGCUUAAAGAGGAUCAUGUUACUGGUCGUCUGAGUUGUUAUUUUACAAAAUCACAGCUAUGUGGUCGGGUAAGAUUUUGAUAACUGUUUUGUGCACGUUUCUGAGGGGUGGGGGUUGGCAUUUCCCUGAGGGUUUCUGAUUAGACUAAGUAAAUAUUGGUGUUUGAUAUCUCUCCUAAAGAAACCUGUCCAUGAAAUAAUUAUGUUGUAAAUAUACCUGAAAAUCCAAGGGUUAGUUUUGAUAUUCUGAUGUCAGUAUGGAAGAUCUUACACAUCUAUUUAAUGCUCAAAUGUAAAGGAAUGUAUGUAGAAGAACAGUCAAGUAGUCUUUUCCUAGUUUCCUUUGGCUGUUGCUGUACCUUCCUAUAUAGCCAGUGCCACCUCAUAGCUAGGAUUAGACUGGUAUGUUGUUUCACUUGCAACUCUCAAAGUGAACAGAUACAAGAACCAGACCACCUUUGUCACCUUAACUUAUUUCCUGUUGAUGUUAACUUUAACUUAGACAUAAAUAUGAUUGUUGUAUAUUUUAUACCUAGACCAUUCUGUAAAUAUGAAUUUAUAUUACUUUUGAAAUGCUUCUGAGAUAAUAUUAUUUGCUGUACAAUGUAAUUCCAAAAUAGAUAUGCAAACAAGUAUGUCUCUUUCACGGAUAUUUAAACCAGUGAGAUCUUCCAUGUUGAAGGUGAUGUAAUUUUUUUAAAAAGAUUUUUAAAUUUUAAAUUGCUAUUUUGUUACAAAAAUAGAGAAAAUAUAAAAGUUUGAGAAGUCCUUAUUUGCCCUCAGGGAAAGAGCCCUCUGUGCACCAGAACUCCACAGAACAUCUUCAGCAUGAUCUGAGGGUGAAUAUAUACUACAUAAAUUGAUUGUGUAUUUACCUUUUUAAUUUUUAAAUUGCAGUUUUAAAAACUUGGUUGUGCUCUGCUGGAGGGGGGAUUGGGAUAAGCUGCUUACACACAUUUGCCUGUUUGUCCAGUGAAAUGACAUAAGCCUAACAUAUUCCUGCCAACCUUAUUGGCGUAUUUAAGAACAAAUGUAUUUAUAUACUCUUGUCUGCAGCAGGAGGUCCCAUGAUUAUAACAGUUCACUAGGAUGACCAUACACUUCAUAUGGAAAGUUGGCUCUUAGAUGAGGCUAGGGUUUUUUUGUUGUUAUUGAAUUUUUAAUAUAUAGAAUGACAGGCAAAAGAAUUAUUUAGGGGGAUUUAAUAGCAUGCCAGCUUUGUCUUACAGUUUUAACACUGAUUGUGUGAUUUUUUUUUUAUUAUUAUUAUUUUUUUUUGCCAUGAAACUAUGCCCUCCAGUGCCCUGAGAAGUAGAAGCUACAGGUGGGAACCUAAUUCUGGCUUUCUUUGAAGUUUCAUUCCUUGACCCUAAACAAACAAGUAUGUAUUCGUUUAUCUAGUUGCAAAUCAGGUGCCUUUGGGCUAUGGAAGGGCUUACUUUCUGACACUGACAUAGUGACUAAUCUUCAUGCAUAAUAGCAGUGAUUCCCAGUGAUUUUUUGGGCUAAUUUACUUUGCUGUCAGAAAAAGGCCCAUAGCAGAUUGGGGAGAAGAGAUUGGCUCUUUAGCUUUGCUUGGGCAAGCAUUUUGGAUUGUUUAUUUUUCCCCCACUAGGGGUACAGCAGGGAUUUCACAUGCAAGAGAUACAGGAAUUAUUAGUAUCUAAGUUAAUUGUGUUGCCUCACUACCUGGAUUCAUUCCUUGUUUUGCCUCAUUUCCCACAUAGGUCUUAAUAGAGACUAAUGCUUGUGCUGGGAGAAUGCUUGUGUGAGAAAGUAACUAUCUGUACAAUCUUAACAUAUAAUUUAUAGCAGAGUGAUUACCCUGCUACUGAUAUUUCGUUCCUGUAAACAGGUGACAAGAAAUGAAUCUUACUGUUUAUGCAGAUUUUGCAUUGUAGAAUGUAUACUAGACCCUUCAAAGGAAAGGUUAGACUCUUUGCAAAGCAAACUGGCGUUGGUUCUUGGUAGUCUAGUGCAGGGACACUAAGUCUGACACUUAAAGGCAGUUGUAUGCAGCUGAUUGUGUUAAAUAAGCUCUUACUUGCUCUUUGUAGAAAUCUAAUUUGGAAGGUUUUAGUGCUUUGAUAACACGACUGAAAUUUUAAUUUAUCCUGUACUCAAGAGCUGAAUGCUGUUCUUGUAUAAUAGUGUACUAGGCUGGAUGAGGUACAAAAUAAAUAAUGCACAGUGAUCAGAAAGAGCUGAGGAAGAAAUGCUUAAAAAUAACUUUUAUCUAAACUCAAGAAUAGUUUCAAACAUUGCUUUUGUUUUGCUUUUUUUUUAAAGCACAAUUUGUCAAGCUGUACCUGUUGCUGUAUGUAAACACUGUAUGCCAGCAGCUCCUUGAUCAUAUUUGUGAACAGAUUUUUCAUUAUUACUAGACUGUUACUAAAGGAAGAUGUUGAAUUUGUAACAAAAUGAGAAAUGAUUCAGUUUAUCUAUACUAUGUAAAAAUCCAUUCUUUGUAGUUUAAUCCCUUUUGUUAGGAAAUUCCCUCUUAUUGAGGGACCUCUUCUGCAAGCAGAACACAAUAAAUGUGCUUUUUAAAUGACCCAAUUUUUCCAGUAUAAAUGAACAGCUGACUUUGGCAGUAGUUGUUACUGUGUAUCUCUUUGCUGGCAAGGGAGCACAAGAAAAAAGAAAGUGUCAGUGACCUAAAAUGAAUCCAAAGGAUCAAAAUUCCCCAUACCCAAAUAUAAAACUGUACCCCAUUAUUUAAGGGAAAAAAGUUUAUGGAAGCUUUUAAUCAAGAGUCUGCUGUAAAAGUUGAAAUAAACCACAGCCUGGCUGCAUUUAUUACUGCCAAAAGCCAAGGUCAUUUGCACAUAGCCCAUCAGUUUCUCCAGAGUAGAUCUCAGUUAAUCCAAGGCAUGGAAAUGCAUGCAUUUUCUUAGCUGGGCAAACAAGUACAUUUUACGGUAGUUGUGAUACAACACACGUGGCUUUUAUUUGUACUGCACAUACCCACUGUACAGCCACUCAGAAGUAUUGUGGUUAGCUUGCAGCAUCUGCUGUCCGCAUUUAUACUGUUUACUGCGUAUUCUUUUCCCUGGAAGUUUUAAAGAAAAUUUUUUUUCUUGUUGCAUUGAUUACAUUUUAUAAAUUUGCUUAGCUGGAAAGUUUGGGAAAAGAGGCCUGUUUGUCAAUUGUACAACCGAUUGUGAAGCUCUAGUGUGAAUAUUUUUACGUCUGUAUUAGACAUUUUCUUUGCAAAUCUAUUGUUCGAUUGAAAUGUAAAUGAAAUAAAAGAUGGUGUACACCCAUCAUGUAUAAAGCAGGCACCAUCGCUACGAUGGAUUUAAUGCUCAUUUUUAUGGCGCAUUCUCAGCUUCUAUUUAAAACUAUAAUUUAAAAAAAAUCUGUAAAAUGAAAGGGGGGAAUAUAUGGGGGAAUAAAUUCUAUUCCGUUUAUUUCGGUUUUGGAUUCCCAGGUCGUGAUGUUUCCCUUUGUGUUAGACGUAGGCGGCCGGGCCGGGGCGGGCGCCGUGUGGCGACGCCGCCCCGCGGGUGAAUACUGUGCGUGUUUGCUGUAGCACUGAAGUGAAGAGGUAUUAGCUUUUUUUGGCUGGUCACAGAGUAGAGCAUCAUGGUUUUUCAGUGUUUGAGAGAAUCGAUGGAAGAAGUUUGCAGUAUUUGACAUGUAUUUGCAUGCACGAAUAAAAUUAUUUGUCCACCUUAA